UGACAUUCCAGACGGGCCGAUUGAAGUAAAUAAACUGUAGCAUAGUCGGGCCAACAGAAGGCAGAGAGAGAGAGAAAAAAAAGGAGGGAGUAAAAUGGAUCUUCUCGAGGCCGGGGAGAAGCUAGGCCUCUCAGGGGAGGAACUACGGAGGUUUGUGGGAGAACAACAGGCCAGGGAAAGGGACGAAAGGGCGGAAGAGAGAGAGCUGGAGAAGCUGAGGUUAGAAGCCGAAAGGCUGAAGAUAGAGGCUGAAGAGAAGGACAAGGAGCGACAGAUAGAGAUAGAGAAGCUGAAGUUUGAAGCGGAAAGGCAGAAGGUGGAAAAUGAAGAGAAGGAGAGGAAACGACAGACCGAAAUGGAGAAGCUGAAGAUGGAAGCGGCAGAGCGAGAGAAGGCGAUGGAAGCGGCAGAGAGAGAGAAGGCUAGGGAAGCGACAGAGAGAGAGAAGGAGGCAGAAAGAAAACAUCAGCUGGAAAUGAAGAAGUUGGAGGUGGAGAUGGCCGCUGUGGGACCGCCGACAGGGGGGCAGGCCGUGGCCAAGGUACCGAGGCUGCCAUCAUUCGUGGAUGAAAAGGAUGACCUGGAUGCGUACCUGUUAAGGUUUGAAAGAUUUGCGACCUCUAGCCAAUGGGCCGAGGACAAAUGGGCCGCACACUUAAGUGCGCUGUUGACGGAAGAAGGCUUUCGGGCCAAGUUCCGACAGAACAAGGCAGAAAAGGGGGAAAGCCCGCAACAGUUUAUCGUGAGGCUCACCAGCUACCUUGAGCGCUGGGUGGAGUUAGCUGAAUCGUCCAAGAGCUACGAGGGCCUCAGGGAUUUGUUCGUAAAGGAACAGUUUCUGGAGGCGUGCCCACGAGACCUGGCAGUACGGCUUCGGGAGCAGGGCCCGUCAUCAUUGGACGAACUAGCCGGGAUGGCCCAACAUUACUUGGAGGCCCACGAGAGAGAGCUCGGCAAGAAGGAGGAGGAGGAGGGGAAGAAAACAACACCAGUCCGCAGCCGCGCCUAUCUCGGGACAACGAGCGGGGUAGCUACGUGUUACACCUGCGGGGACCCCAGCCAUUUUGCGAGGGACUGUCCUAUGUCCAAACAGGACGCCCGAUCCACAGGGGCUACGUCCUUCUUUGGGGGGAGGAAGAUCAGGUUCCCACAGACAGCAUUUGACCUCACAGGCCAGGUGGAGGGAAAGACGGUCCCGUUGCUGUUGGACACUGGCAGUACACAGACGCUGAUCAGAGAGGACCUGGUGGAUCCGACAAAAAUCGCACAUGACAAUCAAGGCGGCAUUACUUGCAUUCAUGGCGAUGAAAGGAAGUACCCGACUGCACUAGUAGAGGUCCAGAUAGGACACAGAAGCUACAAGAUAAAUGCGAAAGUGACCCCAAACCUCCCACACCCCGCUAUACUCGGACGGGAUGUUCCCCAUCUUGCCGAACUGGUACAGCAGUGCGCAUCUGGAAGGCUGGCACGGGAGUCGCUCGUGGCUACGAGGGCUCAAGCACGCAAGGCAGCUCAGGGGUUUAUCGGCUUACAGAAAGCAAUGCAGCAAUCUGGAGUUCAACCGCGGCAAUUCUUGUCAACAUUCGGUCAUUAUAGGAAUGGUUAUGAUCGUGGCGGCACCAAGUCGUACAACUUUGCCGGCUAUAGACCAAAACUGCGCCUGGCUGCACGUACCAAACCCUUUGGGAGCCCUCAUCUCCCAGCACCAGGGAAGGCCCAGUGGCGCAUCUUUGGUGGCGCCAAACCGGUGGACACAGCAGCGAGGGAGCGCAUGAUUGAUGAGAAGCUGUCACAACAGAAGGUCGGGGUGUGGAGGCACCCCACCUGGGGUUGACGCAUCGGGCGGGAAAGGCCAAUGCCAACGCCGACGCGCUGUCCCGGGCCUAAGACAAUGCCCUAUGCACGCACGGUGCUCAGUACUAGUACUAGUAGGACUCUCUAGUGUUACGUAGGAUCUUAGACCAUUAUCCAUUAUGGCUGUUAGAGAAAGGACACAUUCAUAUAUACUUUAGAUCA